AUGGUGAAGAGGAAAAGCUCCGAGGGCCCGGAGCAGGAGGGCGGCCGCGGCGUCCCUCUGCCCAUCCAGACCUUCCUGUGGCGGCAAACCAGUGCAUUUUUGAGGCCCAAACUUGGAAAACAGUAUGAAGCUUCCUGCGUGUCUUUCGAACGAGUUUUAGUAGAGAACAAGCUGCAUGGUCUUUCUCCAGCCCUCUCUGAAGCCAUCCAGAGCAUUUCUCGUUGGGAACUGGUUCAAGCUGCCCUACCACAUGUACUCCAUUGCACAGCGACCUUGCUUUCGAACCGAAACAAGCUAGGACAUCAGGACAAGCUUGGAGUAGCGGAGACUAAGCUUCUUCACACCCUCCAUUGGAUGCUACUGGAGGCUCCUCAAGACUGCAGCAAUGACCGAUUUGGAGGAGAGAGAGGCUCUAGCUGGGGAGGGAGCAGUAGCGCCUUUAUUCAUCAGGUUGAAAACCAGGGAUCUCCAGGACACCCUCGGCGUGGCAGCACUAAUGAAGAGGAAGAGAAUAACCGAAGGAAGUUCUUUCAGAAUUCCAUGGCAACAGUGGAGCUCUUUGUGUUCCUGUUUGCUCCUCUGGUCCACAGGAUUAAAGAGUCUGACCUGACUUUUCGGCUGGCCAGUGGCCUUGUUAUUUGGCAACCCAUGUGGGAGCACAGGCAGCCUGAGGUUUCUGCCUUCACCGCUCUGGUAAAGCCAAUCAGGAACAUUAUUACAGCCAAGAGAAGUUCUCCUACUAGCAACCAGAGCCUGUCUUGUGAAUCCCCUAAUCUGGACACUGGACACACAGAGGGACUUCAGGUGGUGUGUGAAACAGCCCAGCCAGAUGCUGUGCCUCCCAGGGCCACUGUUUCAGGCUGUCAUCGGGGAAACUCCUUUGAUGGAAGUGUGUCAUCCCAAACAUCCCAAGACAGAGGACCUCCUCUUUCCAGGGUAUCAUUGGUGAUCCCACCAUGCCAAAAGUCUCGCUAUGCCACCUAUUUUGAUGUGGCAGUACUGCGCUGCCUGCUGCAGGCACACUGGUCGGAGGAGGGUACACAGUGGUCUCUGAUGUAUUAUCUACAAAGACUGAGACAUAUGCUGGAGGAGAAGCCAGAGAAGCCACCUGAGCCGGAGACCAUGCACCUGCCCAGGCCCCGUAGCAGUUCCAUGGUAGCAGCAGCACCCUCUCUGGUGAACACCCACAAAACUCAGGAUCUCACAAUGAAGUGCAAUGAGGAGGAAAAAUCACUAAGCACUGAGGCCUUUGCUAAGGUGUCACUCACCAACCUGCGCAGGCUAGCCGUGCCAGAUCUCUCCACAGACCUGGGAAUGAACAUCUUUAAGAAGUUUAAGAGUCGCAAAGAGGAUCGAGAGCGUGAGCGCAAGGGUUCUAUUCCUUUCCACCACACUGGAAAAAAACGGCAGCGAAGGAUGGGGGUGCCCUUCCUGCUCCACGAGGAUCAUUUGGAUGUGUCACCCACUCGCAGCACAUUCUCCUUUGGCAGCUUUUCUGGGAUUGGAGAGGACCGGCGCAGCAUUGAGAGAGGAGGAUGGCAAACUGCCAUACUAGGGAAGUUCACCAGGCGGGGGAGCUCUGACACUGCUACGGAGAUGGAGAGCCUGAGUGCUAGACAUUCUCACUCUCAUCACACCCUGGUCACUGACUUGCCUGACCACUCAAACAGCCACGGAGAGAAUACAGUCAAAGAAGUGCGAUCCCAGAUUUCUACCAUCACUGUGGCCACCUUCAACACCACCCUGGCCUCAUUCAACGUGGGCUACGCGGACUUCUUCAGCGAGCACAUGCGGAAGCUGUGCAACCAGGUGCCCAUUCCAGAGAUGCCCCAUGAGCCGCUGGCCUGCGCCAAUCUCCCACGGAGUUUGACUGACUCCUGCAUCAAUUACAGCUGCCUGGAGGACACGGAUCACAUUGACGGCACCAACAACUUUGUCCACAAGAACGGCAUGUUGGAUCUUUCGGUGGUUCUGAAGGCCGUUUACUUGGUCCUGAACCACGACAUCAGCUCCCGGAUCUGUGAUGUGGCGUUGAACAUCGUUGAGUGCCUGCUGCAGCUUGGCGUGGUGCCGUGCGUGGAGAAAGUCAGAAGGAAGAGUGAGAACAAGGAAAAUGAGUCAACGGAAAAGAGACCGAGUGAGGGAUCCUUCCAGCUCAAGGGGGCUGCUUCGGGCAGCCCAGCCUGUGGAUUCGGGGCUGCCCCAGUCAGUGGAACUGGAGAUGGGGGAGGCGAAGAAGGUGGAGGGGGAGGAAGUGGUGGAGGAGGAGGUGGCGGAGCUGAUGGAGGUGGCGGAGGAGGAGGUGGAGGACCUUAUGAAAAGAAUGAUAAAAAUCAAGAAAAGGAUGAAAGCACUCCCAUAAGCACCCACAGGCUGGCAUUGACGAUGCUGAUCAAAAUAGUGAAAUCCCUGGGCUGUGCUUAUGGCUGCGGAGAAGGACACCGAGGGCUCUCUGGAGAUCGUCUGAGACACCAGGUAUUCCAGGAGAAUGCUCAGAAUUGCCUUACAAAGCUGUACAAGCUGGAUAAAAUGCAGUUCCGGCAGACCAUGAGGGACUAUGUGAACAGAGAUUCCCUCAAUAAUGUAGUGGAUUUCCUUCACGCUUUGCUAGGAUUCUGCAUGGAGCCAGUCACUGACAACAAGGCUGGAUUUGGAAAUAACUUCACCACAGUGGACAACAAGUCUACGGCCCAAAGUGUGGAAGGUAUUAUUGUCAGCGCCAUGUUCAAGUCACUGAUCACUCGCUGCGCUUCCACUACGCAUGAACUGCAUAGCCCUGAAAACCUGGGAUUGUACUGUGAUAUCCGGCAAUUGGUCCAAUUUAUCAAGGAGGCUCAUGGGAAUGUUUUUAGAAGGGUGGCACUGAGCGCCCUUUUGGACAGUGCUGAAAAGUUAAUUCCAGGGAAGAAAACAGACGAAACAACUGAGCAGGAUCUGAAACCUCCGGGGAGCAAAAAAUCCGAGGUGGGAAGUGUUGUUAUUGAUAAAGGCCAGGCAUCAUCUGCCCCUGAUGAAUGUCGUAGUUACAUCUCCAGCCGUCCUCAGCAGACCCCAGAGCACGAUGAGCAAAUGCAAGGGGCGGUUCUGGGACGCAAAGACUUCUGGCGAAAGAUGUUCAAGUCACAGAGUGCAGCAAGUGAUACCAGCAGCCAGUCAGAGCAGGACACAUCGGAGUGCACCACUGCUCACUCUGGAACGACCACCGACAGGCGCUCCCGCUCCCGCUCCCGACGGAUCUCGCUCCGAAAGAAACUCAAACUCCCCAUAGGUAAAUGGAACUGGCUGAAACGCUCUUCCCUCUCUGGGCUGGCCGACGGGGUGGAAGACCUCCUGGAUAUCAGCUCUGUAGACCGUCUAUCUUUCAUCAGGCAAAGUUCCAAGGUGAAAUUCACUAGUGCAGUGAAGCUGUCCGAAGGUGGACCGGGAGGUGGCCUGGAGAAUGGGCGUGAUGAAGAGGAGAAUUUCUUCAAGCGUCUUGGUUGCCACAGUUUUGAUGAUCACUUGGCCUCCAACCAGGAAGGUGGGAAAUCCAAGAACGUAGUGAACCUGGGAGCAAUCAGACAAGGCAUGAAACGCUUUCAGUUUCUCUUAAACUGCUGUGAGCCAGGCACUAUCCCCGAUGCCUCCAUCCUGGCAGCUGCCCUCGAUCUUGAAGCUCCCGUAGUGGCGAGAGCAGCCCUGUUUCUCGAAUGUGCUCGCUUUGUUCACCGCUGCAAUCGCGGCAACUGGCCAGAGUGGAUGAAGGGGCACCAUGUGAACAUCACUAAGAAAGGCCUAUCCCGUGGACGUUCUCCGAUAGUGGGGAACAAACGGAACCAGAAGUUGCAAUGGAACGCAGCCAAACUCUUCUACCAGUGGGGAGAUGCGAUUGGCAUCCGCCUCAACGAGCUGUGCCACAGUGAGAGUGAGAGCCCAGCCAACCUGCUGGGCCUCAUUUAUGAUGAGGAGGCCAAGCGGAGACUGAGAAAGGAGGAUGAGGAGGAAGACUUUUUAGAUGACAGCACUGUGAACCCUACCAAAUGUUGUUGCCCUUUUGCCCUGAAGAUGGCAGCAUGCCAGCUUCUCUUGGAGAUCACCACCUUCCUUCGAGAGACUUUUCCCUACAUGCCCAGGCCACGUACUGAGCCUCUCGUGGACCUGGAGAGCUGCAGGUUGCGUCUGGACCCUGAGCUGGACAGGCACAGGUAUGAGAGGAAGAUCAGCUUUGCUGGGAUUCUGGAUGAAAAUGAAGAUUCAAAAGACUCCCUGCACAGCAGCAGCCACACGCUUAAAUCUGACACUGGCUGCGAAGAGAAGAAAGAAGGGAGCCCUUGGAGUGCAAGUGAGCCCAGCAUUGAGCCUGAAGUGCUGAGUAACACAGGCACAGAGGAGAAUUACCAUCGGAACAUGUCGUGGCUUCAUGUCAUGAUCCUGCUGUGCAACCAGCAGAGUUUCAUAUGUACCCACAUUGAUUACUGCCACCCGCACUGCUACCUCCACCACAGCCGCUCCUGUGCUCGCCUGGUCCGAGCCAUCAAACUGCUGUACGGCGACACCGUGGACUCGCUCCGGGAAAACAAUGUGCUGAACAAUGUGGCAAGAGGCAAAAAGCAGAAGGAGUGCUCGGACAAAUCAUGCCUGAGAACUCCAUCUCUGAAGAAGAGAGUAAUGGAUAUCAACUUGGAAGGAAAGAAGGACUCUGGAAUGUUGAAAUACAUCAGACACCAGGUAAUGAGCCUGUCCCCAGCGCCUUUGUCACUGUUAAUCAAGGCAGCUCCUAUCCUCACAGAGGAGAUGUAUGGGGACAUUCAGCCUGCAGCAUGGGAGCUGCUGCUCAGCGUGGAUGAGCACAUGGCUGGAGCAGCAGCUGCCAUGUUCCUGCUGUGUGCUGUGAAAGUGCCCGAGGCUGUUUCUGAUAUGCUGAUGUCCGAAUUUCAUCACCCUGAGACAGUGCAAAGACUGAACGCUGUUCUCAAAUUCCAUACCCUCUGGAGAUUUCGGUAUCAAGUCUGGCCUCGGAUGGAGGAGGGCGCUCAGCAGAUCUUUAAGAUUCCUCCUCCAAGUAUAAACUUCACCCUGCCCUCUCCAGUACUGGGAAUGCCCUCUGUGCCAAUGUUUGACCCCCCGUGGGUUCCACAGUGCAGUGGGAGUGUGCAGGACCCAAUUAAUGAGGACCAGUCUAAGUCAUUUUCAGCCAGGGCAGUAUCACGUUCCCAUCAGCGAGCAGAGCACAUCCUGAAGAACCUGCAGCAGGAGGAAGAAAAGAAGCGCCUAGGCCGGGAAGCCAGUCUUAUCACGGCCAUUCCCAUCACCCAGGAGGCCUGCUAUGAGCCCACCUGCACCCCAAACUCAGAGCAAGAAGAGGAAGUAGAAGAAGUCACCAACUUGGCAUCCCGCCGUCUCUCUGUGAGUCCCUCCUGCACCUCCAGUACUUCUCACAGGAACUAUUCCUUCCGUCGUGGCUCUGUCUGGUCAGUGCGUUCAGCCAUCAGUGCAGAAGAUGAGGAGCACACUACCGAGCACACUCCAAACCACCAUGUGCCACAGCCCCCGCAGGCAGUGUUCCCAGCAUGCAUCUGUGCAGCUGUGCUCCCCAUUGUUCACUUGAUGGAAGAUGGAGAAGUCCGAGAGGAUGGAGUAGCAGUGAGUGCUGUGGCCCAGCAGGUCUUAUGGAACUGUUUGAUUGAAGAUCCCUCUACAGUUCUACGGCAUUUCCUGGAGAAACUCACAAUAAGCAACCGACAGGAUGAGUUGAUGUACAUGCUGAGGAAGCUCCUACUGAACAUCGGAGACUUCCCUGCCCAGACAUCUCACAUCCUGUUUAACUACUUGGUGGGAUUGAUCAUGUACUUUGUGCGUACUCCAUGUGAAUGGGGCAUGGAUGCCAUUUCAGCUACCCUGACCUUCCUGUGGGAAGUGGUGGGUUAUGUAGAGGGCCUUUUCUUCAAGGAUCUCAAACAGACUAUGAAGAAGGAGCAGUGUGAAGUAAAACUGCUGGUGACUGCCUCAAUGCCAGGCACAAAGACCCUGGUAGUGCAUGGACAGAACGAGUGUGACAUCCCAACCCAGUUACCAGUGCAUGAGGACACACAAUUUGAAGCUCUUCUGAAGGAGUGCUUGGAGUUUUUUAACAUACCUGAAACCCAGUCUGCUCAUUAUUUUUUAAUGGAUAAACGAUGGAACCUUAUUCAUUACAACAAGACUUACGUCCGGGAUAUUUAUCCUUUCCGGAGGUCAGUGUCUCCACAGCUCAACCUGGUACACAUGCAUCCAGAAAAGGGUCAGGAACUCAUUCAGAAACAGGUGUUCACCCGCAAGCUGGAGGAGGUAGGACGGGUGCUGUUCCUCAUAUCACUGACCCAGAAAAUCCCUGUGGCCCACAAACAAUCCCAUGUGUCUAUGCUCCAAGAGGACCUUCUCCGCCUGCCUUCCUUCCCUCGGAGUGCCAUUGAUGCAGAAUUCUCCCUCUUCAGUGAUCCUCAAGCUGGGAAGGAACUCUUUGGCCUUGAUACCCUUCAGAAAAGCCUGUGGAUUAAGCUCCUGGAGGAGAUGUUCCUGGGCAUGCCCAGUGAAUUUCCCUGGGGGGACGAGAUCAUGCUGUUCCUAAAUGUCUUCAAUGGAGCCCUGAUCCUGCACCCAGAGGACAGUGCCUUGCUGAGGCAGUACGCUGCCACUGUCAUCAACACCGCUGUGCACUUCAACCAUCUCUUCUCUCUCAGUGGGUACCAGUGGAUCCUCCCCACCAUGCUGCAGGUGUAUGCUGACUACGAAAGCAACCCACAGUUACGCCAAGCGAUUGAGUUUGCCUGCCGCCAGUUCUACAUUCUGCAUCGCAAGCCCUUUGUUCUGCAACUGUUUGCCAGCGUGGCUCCUCUGCUGGAGUUCCCUGAUGCUACAAACAAUGGACCCAGCAAAGGAGUGUCAGCUCAGUGCCUGUUUGACCUGCUGCAGUCCCUAGAGGGAGAUACACCUGACAUUUUGGACAUUCUAGAGCUGGUGAAAGCAGAAAAGCCUCUCAAAUCAUUAGAUUUCUGCUAUGGGAAUGAGGAUCUGACCUUUUCUAUCAGUGAAGCCAUCAAGCUGUGUGUAACUGUGGUGGCAUAUGCUCCUGAAUCAUUUAGAAGCCUCCAGAUGCUGAUGGUCCUGGAAGCACUGGUUCCCUGUUACCUGCAGAAACUGAAGAGGCAGACCUCACAAGUGGAGACGGUGCAAGCUGCUCGCGAGGAGAUUGCUGCUACUGCUGCUCUUGCCACUUCCUUGCAGGCCCUCUUGUAUAGCGUGGAAGUUCUCACCAGGCCCAUGACUGCCCCUCAAAUGAGCAGGUGUGACCAAGGCCAUAAAGGAGCCACAACAGCCAACCAUACCAUGUCAGCUGGGGUGAAUACUAGGUACCCGGAUCAAGGAGCCAAACUGCACUUUAUCAGGGAAAACCUUCACUUGCUGGAGGAAGGCCAGGGUCUCCCCCGGGAGGAGCUGGACGAGCGAAUUGCUAGGGAGGAGUUCAGGAGGCCCAGGGAGUCCCUACUGAAUAUCUGCACUGAGUUCUAUAAGCACUGUGGCCCUAGGCUGAAGAUAUUGCAGAACCUGGCUGGAGAGCCCAGGGUGACUUCCCUGGAGCUGCUGGAUGUUAAGUCUCACAUGAGGUUGGCAGAAAUUGCACAUUCCCUUCUGAAGCUGGCACCUUAUGACACCCAGACGAUGGAAAGCCGCGGGCUCCGGCGCUACAUCAUGGAGAUGCUGCCCAUCACCGACUGGACAGCCGAGGCCGUGAGACCUGCCCUUAUCCUCAUCUUAAAGCGAUUGGAUCGUAUGUUCAAUAAAAUUCACAAGAUGCCUACUUUGAGGCGACAGGUUGAGUGGGAGCCUGCCAGCAAUUUGAUUGAAGGGGUUUGUUUGACACUUCAGAGGCAGCCAAUCAUAUCCUUCCUGCCUCACCUUAGGUCACUGAUCAAUGUCUGUGUCAAUCUGGUGAUGGGAGUAGUAGGACCCUCCAGUGUUGCUGAUGGAUUACCCCUUCUUCAUCUCAGCCCUUAUCUCUCGCCACCUCUGCCCUUCAGCACAGCUGUUGUCCGGCUUGUAGCAUUGCAGAUACAGGCUUUGAAAGAAGAUUUUCCCUUAAGCCAUGUGAUCUCCCCAUUCACCAAUCAGGAGAGAAGAGAAGGAAUGCUUUUAAACCUACUGAUUCCGUUUGUGCUCACAGUAGGAUCUGGAAGCAAAGACAGUCCCUGGCUGGAGCAGCCUGAAGUCCUUUUGUUGCUCCAGACUGUUAUUAACAUCCUUCUGCCACCUCGGAUCAUCAGCACUUCCCGCAGCAAGAACUUCAUGAUGGAGAGCUCCCCUGCGCACUGCUCCACCCCAGGGGAUGCUGGGAAGGACCUGCGCAGGGAAGGGCUCGCAGAGUCCACCAGCCAAGCGGCUUACUUGGCCCUGAAGGUGAUCCUCGUGUGCUUUGAGCGCCAGCUUGGCAGCCAGUGGUACUGGCUGAGCCUGCAAGUCAAAGAGAUGGCCCUGCGCAAGGUGGGAGGGCUGGCCCUCUGGGACUUCCUGGAUUUUAUUGUUCGCACCCGGAUCCCUAUUUUUGUGCUUCUGCGGCCCUUCAUUCAGUGCAAGCUGCUGGCCCAACCCGCAGAGAAUCACGAGGAGAUGACUGCCCGACAACAUAUCGCUGACCAGCUAGAGAGGCGCUUCAUACCACGCCCUCUGUGCAAGAGCUCCCUCAUCACAGAAUUCAACAGCGAGCUCAAGAUCCUGAAGGAGGCAGUGCAUAGUGGGUCAGCCUACCAAGGGAAGACCUCCAUCAGCACCGUGGGCACUUCCACCUCUGCGUAUCGCCUCAGCCUCGCUACCAUGUCCCGCUCCAACACAGGCACCGGCACCGUCUGGGAGCAGGACAGCGAGCCUUCCCAUCAGGCUUCGCAGGACACUCUGAGCCGCACGGAUGAGGAGGAUGAAGAAAAUGAUUCAGUGAGCAUACCCAGUGUGGUAAGUGAACAGGAAGCCUACCUUAUGGGUGCCAUUGGGAGGCGGCGGUUCUCCAGCCAUAUCUCCAGCAUGUCUGCACCUCAGGCUGAGGUGGGCAUGUUACCCAGCCAAAGUGAACCUAAUGUCCUCGAUGACUCCCAGGGCCUGGCCGCUGAGGGCAGCCUCUCUAGGGUAGCAAGCGUGCAGAGUGAACCUGGACAACAGAAUCUUCUUCUUCAGCAACCACUAGGAAGGAAGAGAGGCCUCCGGCAGCUACGAAGACCUCUUCUCUCACGUCAGAAGACCCAAACUGAACCUCGUAGCCGUCACGGGGCUCGACUUUCAACUACUCGUCGAAGUAUACAGCCAAAAACAAAACCAAGUGUGGAUCAAAAGCGAUCAGUGACUUUCACUGAAACUCAGCCAGAGGCAACAACAUCUUCAGCCACAGAUGCUACACCGGUCCCAGCCCUGCAACCUAGCUGCAGCAGAAGCAGCCCUGCAGAAGUCAGCCAGCCGGAAGCUGUGAAUAAACCUGUGCUGACCUCCUCACCUGCCAUUGUUGUCGCUGAUCUCCAUAGCCAAACCACCAGCCAGAGUGAGGCGCUUCCCACUGAGAAGGAAAAAGAAACAGAGGAGGAUUUGGAGCCCCGGCCAGCACAAGCACAUAGUACCCCACCCACACAGCUCUCUGAUACAGAGGACUUUGCAGGCCUUGAGACAACCAGCUUACUGCAACAUGGAGACACUGUCCUUCACAUCAGCGAGGACAAUGGGAUGGAGAAUCCCCUCCUUACCAGCCACUUCAGCUUCACGCAUGUUGAGCUUGGUGAGACUGAUGUUGACUUAGAUGAGUCCCAUGUUUAAAUGUCGGGGAACUGCAUUAGCAUGGGAGGAGAGAGAAUGUAGAGUUUUGGUAGAGAAACUGUUUCUUCUCUAUAGAGUUUCUUGAUAACUAUUGAUGAACUAAUCAGAAAGAGCACUUUAUAGCCAACAAGGGAAAAUAUCUAACAACCUAUUUGCUACAGAUUGGCAAAUAUGUUUUAGAAAACAAGCUAAGCCUUUUUGGCAAAUCUAAUUUGGUUCAGGGCAGACUGCAAAGACCAGAAGAGAAUUCUAAACAAUUCUGCAGCCACAUAUCUGUUUCCCAAAAUCUUGAUCUGCCAGAAAUCUACUGCAGUCUGCAGCUGCUCCAGUAAAAUGCAUUAGUUUAAUAUAGUAGACUGAAAAAACCCAACCUUUUUGAGGUUAGCCACUUUAACACUGCCCCCCAAAGUUUAUUUUUGUAAUUUCAGAAGGGUUAUAUAGUAUCUGAAUCAAAGACUCGCAUGACUGAAUAUUGGCAGUCAAAAUGCUGACAAUGAAUAUCGAACUAAAGAUUGUUUUAAAUAAACAGGCCCGUGACUGUGUUUUCUAAUCCCCAUAGCAAUGGCACAUACCAUUGAAUGAUUAGAAAGAUAUUUUUUGGCACUGCAGACUUUAGCAGUGUUUACUUUUGUCUGUUGGUUUCAUUGCACUCUGUAAGAUAAUACCCUAGUGCUAGAAAAAUAGUCAUUCUGUGUAAAACUGAAUACACUACAUACUAC